AGUAAACAAACCGGAAUUUUUCCACGAAAUUUAUGAUUUUUUGAGAGAAUGAUUCGAACUAGGACUUUUAGAAUAUUAAAAACUCAAAAUUUGAGUGUCAUUCUGCGACGAUGGAAGAGCAAGAAAAAAGAUCAUUGGUCAAACCUUCAGAACAAAUUGUAUCCCAUAGACCGCGCUUUGGACAACUUUGAUGACUUUUAUGGGUCAGUUUUCGGUCAACGAUGGAAAAGUAUGCGAAUUGCCAUGCUUUGUGAACGUAAAUACAUCGCUUUGGUCAAUACUUUCGGCGACACAGAGAAAACUAUAGAGCAGAUGAAGAAUAAUGGAGCCAUAAAUAUCCGAGAAAUAAUCGAAAACACUCCAUCGGAUGAGGAAUUUACGGCGUCAAACACUCCCUUAGAAGCGAAAAUGGACCGUUUUAUUGAGAAAAAGGAAGCUGAGGACAUUUACAAGAAUGUUGAAGGUACUUCGGCGGGGAAAUCGGAUGAAAAUUCCGUCGAUUACAAGCAAUCUCUGGAUGAAACGUUGAAAAAAGACACGGAAAUCCAACACGAACGUCUCGUCAACAAAGAUAACGUUGGUGCCUUGUACGAUUUCAUUCCGGCAACGCAAAUUAAAGGCAUGGAAGAUUUCGUUUUUGAGUCUGAACACUAUCGGUAUUACAGCAAUCAAACGGAUUUUCCUUUAAAAUUCACCAAAGACACGAAUAUUCAUUUUCCUGACAAUUUACAUGUUUUUACGUACGAACAGGGAAAUACUUCGACGUAUAAACAGCCAAAAAGAGGAGCAACAGGAGCAUUUUCUCACUAUUUGAUGGAUGGAGCGUCAUUAUUGCCUGUUUUAGCUUUGGAUAUUCAACCAGGAGACACUGUUCUCGAUGCAUGCGCUGCUCCAGGAGGAAAAUCUCUGCUUAUGACUCAAACUUUAUAUCCAAAAACUUUGGUAUGUAAUGAUAUUUCCGAGUCGAGACUGAAUCGUUUGCGAUACAUCAUGCGCGAUUUUAUAUGUGACUUCCACGAAAAAUGGUUGGGAAAACGAAUUUUCAUCACACAAAGCAAUGCAAUUAAUAUGAACGAUUACGAGACGUAUGACAAGAUUUUAGUAGAUGCUCCUUGCACCGGUGACAGAUAUGCCGUGACUAUAAACGAAAAUAAUUACUUUAAGCCAUCUCGGGUGAAGGAACGAAUAAAAUUGCCAGAAACGCAAGCUGCGAUAUUAGAAAAUUGUGUGAGGCAUUUGAAACCGGGAGGAAGUCUCGUGUAUUCAACUUGUAGUUUGAGUCCCGUGCAGAAUGAUGGAGUCGUUCACAUGGCUUUGACAAAAUUAUUUCAAGAUCAUGGAAUUACAACAACAAUUCAUGACUUAUCGUCGAUGACACAACGCUUCAAACUAAUCUACAAGUUCGAAAAUCCAUCAAAUCUGAAGUACGGGCAGUUAGUUCUUCCCUAUUUGCCGAACAAUUUCGGGCCCAUGUAUUUUUGUAAGAUAACGAGGAACGUGUCAAACGUAAUAUCUUAAAGGUUUUUAUUUAACAUUCAAAUUUUGUUCAUAAAUAAUAGCUAAUUGUAGUUUAUAACAACCCAACAAA